UUACAAUUUGUAAAAAUAUAUUGGAAGACCCUAAUCAUUAUUAUUUGGCCAUUGGUGCUUAUUCCCGUGCUGAUUACUUACGAUUCUCCGGAGAUGAGAUGCGGAAUCGUUAUACUACUAAUGGCCAUGUUCUGGGUAACGGAAGCCCUGCCGAUGGGCAUCACCUCCCUGAUACCAUUGGUCCUCUUCCCAGCCCUCAACGUUCUCAGCAGCCAAGAGACUUGCAUCUGCUACAUGAACGACACGAUAAUGGUGUUCUUCGGUGGGCUUGUCGUCGCCAUCGCCAUCGAGAACUCAAAACUUCAUAUGCGCAUCGCCCUGGGAGUGAUGAAGUUUGUCGGCUGCAGCCAUAGGAGACUUCUCGCCGGCCUCCUCGUAGUCACAACUCUGCUCGGCAUGUGGAUAUCGAACAGUGCCUGUACCGCCUUGAUGGUACCCAUCAUCUUUACCGUUCUGCAAGAGCUGGAAAAGGAAGGUUUAACAAAAGUCUUCAUCGUAAAAGAAAAUUCCGAUGAUCCAGAAAAUGACAAACGUCCGUCGAAGAUAACGAAAGCUUACCUCCUCGCUACUGCGUAUUCGGCGACCUUUGGUGGUACGACGACCUUGGUUGGUACUGGUACCAACUUGACCUUCAAGGGUAUAUUCGAAACCUUUUUCCCGCGGUACGAUGGCAUCAGUUUUACCCGGUGGAUGAUAUUCGGCACGCCACAGGCUAUCGUUCAAAUAUUCAUCACCUACUUAUACAUGCUCACCAUAUACAUGGGAUUGUUUAGGCCAAAUAGCAAGGACGCCCAGGAAGCAAGGAUAGGCAUCGAGGGCCAAUAUAUCGCUAAUCGAGUCAUCGAGGAGAAGUACAAUAGUUUAGGAAAAAUGAGUUGGCACGAACAUGCGGUGAGCUUUUUAUUCUUUUUAUGCGCAUUACUCUGGUUCUUUCGAAAGCCCGGAUUCAUAAUGGGUUGGUCAGAUUUAAUAGACAAUACAACAAUCAAGGACUCAGCACCCGUGUUGUUAAUUGUGAUUCUCAUGUUCGUGGUGCCGAAGGAGCCAAGAUUUCUCAAUGCCUUCCAUAAAGAUGCAAAUAAGAGACCUAUAACAUCGUCUGAGGGCUUAAUUACAUGGAAAAUGAUUGAAUCAAAAAUGCCAUGGAGUUUAAUGUUUUUACUUGGUAGCGGUUUUGCUAUAUCCAAAGGUAGCAAUACAUCUUGCCUUGCAAAAAAAGUAGGACAAUUAUUAAUUCCACUGAAGAAUUAUCCACCAAUUCUGGUCUUAUUUUUAACUUUACUUUUCAUAAGUAGCAUCACAGAAUUCACAUCUAACAUUGGAAUUGCAAAUAUAGUGCUACCCGUUAUAGCUCAAAUGAGUGUAUCAAUCAAAAUAGAUCCGCUGUAUUUGAUGAUCCCAUCGACUAUCAUAUGUUCGUAUGCAUUUCGUUUACCAUUUGGUACACCACCAAAUGCUAUUGUUACCAUGGCAGGACAUAUACCAGUAACGAAUCUUAUGUUCACUGGAUGUGGUUCAACUAUUUACAGUCUCAUUGUUCUAAUAAUAAUGUUUCCAACUUAUGGUGUAUAUAUAUAUAAAAUAAGUGGUUUUCCAGAUUGGGCUAAUCCAGAAAUGGACCCAAUUAAAAAUAUGCACUGUUAAUAUGUAAUUAAAAUAUUGUAUUAUGUUAAUCAGUGA